UGAGAGCACAGUGCCCUUAAUCAGUCAUGCGUCUAUCUGCCAUUUUUAGGUCUCCUUGCUUCCAUUCUAUGCUCCUCAUUGUGCUCACUCUACUCCUAACCCCCAUCUGCUUCCGCAACCUUCUCUACUCUCCCUUGUUUUCACGACAACUUAACCUCAAGCGUUUGAGUCGUGAGUUCCUACAAAGAAACCUCCAGGAUGGGUCCAAUGCUUUCCAGCACUUCCAUCAAACCGUCUCUAUGUCCAGCACAUUUCCUCCAAAUACAUCAGUGCCCUGUAUCCUUAGGCCAGCUGGGAGCCUUCGCCCAUCACAUGUCAGUGGCACCACCACUUUAGCUGUCACUAUAAUUACAACAAGGCGCCGGUCUGAUUAUCAUUACCUCCUCCAGGUGGCACGUGGCUUUCUUGACCGGAUGUCGGAAUGCGGCAAAGACUGCUCCACGUUUCAGAUUUUAAUUUGUAACGUUGACUCAUUUCCUGAGGACCACUCUGAUGCCUGUCUGCUGUCCCACUUGUUGCCAAUGGUGGCACGGGAUUGGAGCAAGCACGUGGACAAAGCCCCAAACCGGUUUGAACAGGAGAAGCAGGACUAUGCCUUCUGCCUGUCCCGUACAUUGGAGGCCUACAACCCAAAAUACGUGUUACUCAUUGAGGAUGAUGCAGUCCCUUUAGAAGAUAUUUUUACUGCAUUCUUCCAUUUGGUGCAGGUGCGCUUCCCCCAAGAGCCACUAGGAGGUGGCCUGUAUGUAAAAUUCUACCACCCAGAAAGACUUCAGGGUUACAUCAACCCAGAGCCAAUGCGGAUUUUGGAGUGGAUUGGUCUAGGAGGACUAGCAGGCCUGGUCCUCACCUGGGUGUACACUCUCACCUUACGCCACCAGCAAUUUAGCUGGCGGGUGUUUGUGGCAUUCACCAUUUAUGCCAUGCUGCUGGCGGAGCUAGCAGGGCGCCACUACCUGCUGGAACUGCGGAGGAUUUCCCCAGCCCUUUACAAUGUUGUGCCUGUCACAGAGUGCUGCACGCCGGCUAUGCUGUUUUCAGAGGUGUCUGCCGGAAGGACUCUAUCCUACUUGAAGGAAAUAGAGUGCAAGCCAGGUUAUGCCAAGGAUAUUGCCCUAUACCACGAGCUCAGAAGAAGGGGGGAGUGGGCUUGGGCUCUGGAGCCUAACAUGGUUAAACACGUUGGAAUGUUUUCAACACUUAGAGGGUCUUUCGAAGGAGAAGAGCCGCAGCUUCUGUAAUAUUUCUAUUAUGUAUCAGGAAU